AUGCAGGGGUCUAUAACACGGAUUUGCAUGAUUGUGGCAGCUGCCAUUCUCAACCAUCCACUGCUUUUCCCUAAGGAGAACACCACCAUCCCAGAAGAGGAAGAUGAUGCUUUGACCCGAAUGAAGGAGUAUGAAGAGAGGCUGCAAGCUGCACAAGAGCGCCUUGAACAAGAGAUCUCAAAGGCAGAUGAAGAAGCCACAAACUCUGGCCUUGAUUACUAUGGUUGGUACUUUUGGAGCACACUUUCUCUCGUCAUUUUCUUCACUAUUGAAGUUUGUAGGCAUGAUCUGAACCCUGGUGAAACACCUGACCAUGUUGAAGAUGAAGAAGGGUACACCAACAGUGGGUCUGUCAAUCCUAAGGAUCUGACCUUAGAUAAAGGUGUACUAAGGAACCUCUGUGAGACCAACUUCCAGCCCUUUGUCCAUGAGAGUGGGAGAGUGCAGGAGUUUGUUGAAGGCUUUGCAGAUGACCUUCUGGAAGCUUUGAGAAGCAUUUGUGACCGUGAGGUUGACAUGGAGCUUGAAGACUUUAUUGGAGUGGGCAGCAUGUUUGAAUCCUGGAGAGUGUGUAAGCCUGCCACAUGUGACCUCAUUGUGCCAUUUGCAACCCCAGAUCCUUACCAUUUCCAAUUCGAACUAUGGUGCGAUGAAUCCUCUGACAUCCCACUGGACCUGCAAGGAUGUGGGAGGAUUAAGUUGGUAAAGAUUAGUGAGAAUUGCCCAGACUGCCUCUCUGGAAAAACCACAGACGAUGAGGAUAUGCUAUGCCUGCUUCACAACAGAAACCACAAUAGCAAAGCUGAUGACCAUGCUUUGGAAGAACAACUCUGCUCAAGAAACACUGAUUAUCUGUCUAAAGAUCAGGUUAUGAAAUGGUUCCAGAUCUCAGUGACAAGAGCAUGGGGCCAGAUCUCUCACAAAUAUGAAUUUGAGCUCACUUUUCGCAACCUGGAUUUCCCUGGUGCCUUGAAGGUCAGGUUCAGGUCAGGAAAGGUUAUUGUUCUAAACAUUACACUUGCUAUACAGUUUAAAGACUCACAUGCAUACUUCAUCUCUCAUUUUCCUUCAGACAGUGGUAACACCACAGAUAUCCACUGGCACCUCUCAUUCACUGUUUAUGAAAGAAACUUGCUCAAACACAUGGCAAAGAUACUUCCAGAAAGCUCUUGUCACCUCCGAUGCCUUCAGCUUGUUUCUUUCUUGCACAAAAAACAGUCAGGUCUAAGAGGCAGAAGUGCCCUUACGAAUUACCAUCUGAAGACUGCAUUCUUGCAUCUACUGUUGAGUAAAUCUCCUUCAGCAUGGAGACCACAGAAUCUGGACCAGAGGUUGCGGGACUUGUUGGCUUUUCUACAGAAAAGCCUGCAGGAAAAGAGACUUGCUCAUAUUAUCAUUGGGAACCCACUUGUUCCUCUUGAACUUGGAGUUCCAGCAAUAUUUCAAGAUGCAGAACCAAUAAACCUUUUCAGGCCCCUGGUGUUACAGAGGCAGGUAUAUGCAAAGAUGGUGGAAAAUUUUGAAGAGAUGCUCAGAAAUGCACCAGCGCUUAUUCAAGAGUACGCGCCACACUACCCUAAUGGUAGACUUAAUUCAACAACCGUACGCUAGAAUGACUAACUGCAUCAAUGGAAAUUUAGGGCUCGCUAGCUUAGUCAUUAGCCCUUGAGACUUCCAGACCAUAAUUGUAUAAUUGUCUAUGUAAAUAGUUAUAUUUAGCACUGCAAUUACUUAAUACAAAUGACUAAAGUUGUACAUUGAUUACAAAAAGCACUUGUGAUUCCAUAUAGGCAGCUAUUACAUGCUAAUAUGUGUGGUUCAUAUUAUGUAAAUGCUUAUUUAAGUGUAGUGUUAUUUUAAACAUUUAUAUAGUUAUAUUUUAAAUAUCAUAUAACCGUACCUCAGCAGUAUUAUUAAAACAAUGUUAUUUUUCUGUUUCUGUCUUUCGUGGUAUUGGGUGUGUUGGAACAUUCCUUUGGCCAUAGGCAUGAUGAGUAAUUUUAUUUUCAUAGUGCUUUUAACAUCCUACAUAUUGCUUAAAAAACCCCAAAACAAAACAAAAAAAAACACGUUUACAGAGAUUUAGGUCUGACACACCCGGUCAGCAAGGCAAGCUUGUUUUAGUUGUAUAGCACUGUAGUAAUUGACAUUUUCACAAAGCAUCUUGAUACAACCAUAAAGUGGCACAGUGGAUAGUGUUGCUCACUCGCAGCUCCAGAGCCGCAGAAUUGAUCUUUUUGUGUGGAGUUUCUAUGUAUGUUCAUGUUCAUGCCAGGAGGUGGACUGGCUAUUCUAAAUUCCCCCUAGGUGUAAAUGAGUGUGUGCAUGGUACCCUGCAGUGGACUGGUGUCCUAUCCAGGGUGUAUUCCUUAUAAGCAUAUUCACUCUCCAGAUGUAGGGUUGACAUACAUUGCAAAUAAGAUGGCUCAGGACCAUACAAGAGCCCUAAUGAGGAAUUUAAGGCUGAUAGUGACAUGGUAGAAAUGUUAAGUGGAGUUAAAAGCCAUAAUAGACACAUGUUCUCCUCUGGGUAGCAAGCAAAAUAAUUAUAGAGGAAAAGUACAAACAGAAUUAAGCAAAGAGACUUUAAUACCAUUUCAUGACACAGUGGGUGACAAGGCAUUAUAUUUGUACAAAAGUCUGUACUGAAAAACAAUGAGUAUUCAUUUUAGAGUUAAAAUGAUUUCAUUAUAGACAUUUUUAUAAGCCAUAGUCAUAAUUGGGCUUUCCCUCCAUGAAUGAGGCAAAAAAGGCUUUGUGGGCAUCUGUACUGAACAUGACUGCCUUCACUGCUGGAUCCUCUCGCAUACGUAAAAUCCAGUUGUUCAGCUCAGGAGUGCCAUCCAGACAGCUAAGAAAAAAUGAGAGUAUGUUCAUAUGCAAACCUUUCUGAAACUAUAAACAUAUUCACUCUCCAAAUGCAGAGAUAGAACACACUAUAAAUAGGAAAGUUAUUAUGCACUACUGAAUAAAAAAACAGAUGAAUACAACAUGGAUCUGUUUUGGUUCAAAUACACAUGCUGUUCCUUCAUGUUUUUUUGUUUGCUCUUAUUGUGCUCCUGUAUAAAUAAGAAAUCAUACUGUUUGAGUUGCCAGGCCUCCACCCUCUCAAACCACGGCCAGAUCAGGUAGUCAAUCAUAGUGAGUGUAUCACCUCCAAAGUAUUUGUAUUUCUUAUCAACAAGAACCUGCCAAAGUAUAAAGUAAAGAUAACAUUAAUGCAGUAUUAUAUGCAAUGUUCAGAUGUAACCCACAUCCAAAUAUAUGUAUGGUCAAUGUAAAUGGUUUAAACCCUCCAUUAAUGUUUUGGAUUAAAACUGUAAACAGGAUGGUGAUAUAUUUAGUAUUUAAAUAUUGCACUAUACCUUGUUCAGUUUGGAGAGCUUUUCCCUCAACUCUGCUUCUAGUGCUGACACAUCCUCACCUUUUAUUCUGGUCAUGGGAAUUUUGUAGAACAGAGGAACGAUCUUAAGGUAAAAAUAAAUAAAUAAAUAAAUAUAUUUAAAGCCCUAAGCAGGUGUCACAAGAACUAGUACGGCAACAAAACAGGCCUUGAAAUCCUUGUUUAAAUAAACAAACAAACAAACAAACAAACAAACAAAUAAAUAUACACAUACACACACACCUGUAUAUUUGAAAUACAAAAUGUGAUCUAUUGGGAGCAGAAAGGACAUACCUUUGAGUAAUCCUCCAACAACAUCUUCUGCUGGGCUUUUGCAAAGGGGUCAGAGGGAAACAGUUUUUUCUCAGGGUAUACCUCAUCCAGGUAUUCACAUGUAAUUGCUGAUUCAUAGACCACCUGACCACCGGGAGUCUCCAGUGUAGGCACUAGGCCAAGAGGGUUCUUCUCCAGAUACCACUCGGG